CAGAUGCAGACGACUGCGUGAAGGAUGUUCGGCUGCACUCGAACGAAUGCCAUCCCCAGACUUUUCGUCCGGGGGACUCAUUACGAAGUCGGAUUUCAAGUGGGUCGGACGUUUAAAGGUCUCAUCGAGGAUGUGGUGGAGAAUUCCAAGCAGCUGAAGGAACUUGAAGAGAUCUGGAUGACAGAAGCGGGGAAAGAGGUCUUCUCGUCCACUCUCUCACAUGUUCAAUCCGUUUUCCCCGAAUACGUUCGGGAACUGCAAGGAACUGCGGAUGGAGCCAAGGUCCCCCUCUACAAGGCUUUGCUGGGCCAUACAGAAGAUUCCUACGAUUCGCUCCUCAAUUGCUGCUACAUCAUCGAUGCAGAGAUCCCAGAAUCCAAUGAGAAAUUUACAGCUUUCACCUACGCUGGACAUUUACCUGGUUUCUGCAUGGGAUUUAAUUGGGCAGGACUCGUGUACUCCAUCAAUGUCCUCUGCACUAAGCAUAUCAACCUUCAUGGGAUACCGAGGCAUAUUCUGAGUCGGGCCAUGCUGCGCUGCAAGACACUAGAGGAAGUCCUGGAAAUCUUUGGGAAGCCCAUAAUGGACGGAUUGAGCGCGAACAUGUCCUUCGUGAAAAAUCCUGGAGAUAUUCUCUUUCAAAACUUGGAAGUCGUGGCCAAAGACGACAAUACUGGGAAUUCCCACAGUCUCUUUACUGCUUCUCCAAACGAAUCUUUCUGUCAUUAUAACAAGCUUGAGAGAUUGAAAGAGUUGGAAGUGGAAGGGCUGUCAGUGCUGAGUAGCAAGGGAAGGGAAGAGACAGUGAAGAGAGCUGGAGACAGAUGGACCAAGAAUAAAGAAUACUUCCUUCAACUUCUUGGAGAUCAUACUCAUCCGAACUACCCAAUCUUUCGCAAUUCUACUCCCAUGGAUUCACUCUACACUCUGGCUGUUGGAGUAUUUGACUUGAAGAGGCAUGAAUGGGAGAUCUACAGGGGGGAUCCAGCACAUUUCCCCCCACUUAUCACGAUACCUCUUCCAUUCUGAACAUGUCUAUUUCCACAACAGAAUGAAAACCCUGG